GGCGAGUUCGAGUCCAGCCGGAGGCAGAUCGAGCUGCUGCAGCCGCCGGGAUGUCGGGGCUACGCGGGCAGAGCCGCGGGGUGCGCUCGGUGCUGGGCACCAUGGAGUUCGGGCGGAAGGCAGACGCGGCGGCCAGCGGGGCCAUGCUGCGCGCGUUCCUGGCCCGCGGGCACUGCGAGGUGGAUACCGCGCAUAUUUACGCGGGGGGCGAGUCGGAGCGGAUCCUGGGCGCCUGGUUGGCAGCUGAACCCAAGGCUGCGGCGGCAGGGUUGGUCAUCUGGUUAACCAACAACCUGGAAAUCCAAAGGACUACUUGCCUUGCUACCUUUGUUCCAGCUGACAAAAACUCCUGUUGUGUAGCAAAGGCUUGCUUAGGGGCCUGAGAAGGGAAGGCACUCUGCACAUGCUCAGAGUUGGGCCGUGCUGAUCUGAUGCUCACCUGUAUUAUGGCCUUUGUCUAGGAAAUGGAGGGGAAAUGUACUUAAAAAUAAUAAUAAUGCUAUUUUAUUGCUCAUUUGGCCAGCAUGGAGAGAUCCUUUUGGGGCUCCUUACCAUCCCUGAACAAUUUGGUAAAACCUAACGCCACUACGCCAGGUCAUUUAUGAAUGGGUUAAAAAGAGCUAAUGGACAGGAUUGGUCUGAUCCAGGAUGAUACUUACAAUUUGGGGAUGGGUCAACCUGCAGCUUUCAGCUAUGAGAUAGAACCUCCACGAUAAGUGGCAGUAUACCUGGGAUCCCUUCCAACUUUACAAUUAUGUGGAUCUGUGAUCCAAUGUGGCAGGGUGAGGGAGGAACCUUUUUCUGCAGUCCAGGCAAGCAAGGAGUAUUGCCAGACUUCAAGGACACUUUCCAACACCUGAGGAGGGUUCAAAUCCAGAGCCAUUAAGAGGUGUGGCUUGGGUACAUCCCAAGGGCAAUAUAGACAGGUCUAGAGGGCCUGGAGUUCCUGAUAAUUUCAUACACCUUCCUUGCCUGGGUUUGGCAGGAGCUCAGCUUCCUUUUGUUCCGUUAUCUCCUCCUCUUCUCCACCAGUCAAGGUGGCCUCCAAGUCACCUUCCUGAGUCACCUUGCUAACACCACAUAGAACCCACUGCCAGCUUUUAGUAAGCUCUUUGGGGCACAGACCUACCAUGCUGUUAUUACGCUGAACAGUGAUGACAGUUGAGGGCAAUGGUAAAAACAGUGCCUCUGAGCGUGCACAGAGCAUUUCCCCUCUCCGAAGGCUUCACUCCUCCUUCUCAUCAUUAGGCCUUUAAAAAAAAAAUCAUUCCUAGUCCAAUUUUCCUCCAGAAGAGUUCAAGGUGGGGGCUUGUACCCAAUGCUAGUCCUACUCAGAGUAGACUGACCAAAGUUACUAGACACGGAUAACUUAGGUCCAUUCAGUUGGAAGCAGUAAUGUUCCUGAAUACCAGUUGCUGGAAACCACAGGAAGGGACAGUGUUUUUGCAUCAAGCUUUUGAGCAUCCCAUAAUAUCCACUAUGUGAGAACAGGAUGCUGCCCUAGACAGGCCAUUGGCUUGAUCCAGCAGGCUGUUGCUUUUUUUCUGCUUCUGGACUUCCUGGAUGCCCCUUGUUCGCCAGUGAUCUUUGUGGUUGUUAUCUUUCUAUUUGCCAGUUCUAAAAUACCACUUGACUGACAAAAAAACUCUCUAAAUGGUUCAUAUCCAAACUAUGUAAAACAUUUACUAAAAAGCACCAAUAAAAUAAAAAACCUCAAGAAGAGCCUAUCAGCCUACGGAUAAAUUUAUCAGCCAGCAGUUUUAAAACAGGGACAAGAAAUGACAUAUUAAGCAAAUGAUCCAAAUUGAGUCUGCUGCUCCAGAGAAGCGGACACGGAGCAAUGGAUUCAAACUUCAAGAAAGAAGAUUCCACCUAAACAUUAGGAAGAACUUCCUGACAGUAAGAGCUGUUCGGCAGUGGAAUUUGCUGCCAAGGAGUGUGGUGGAGUCUCCUUCUUUGGAGGUCUUUAAGCAGAGGCUUGACAGGCAUAUGUCAAUAAUGCUUUGAUGGGGUUUCCUGCUUGGCAGGGGGUUGGACUGGAUGGCCCUUGUGGUCUCUUCCAACUCUAUGAUUCUAUGAGUCUCGGCCAAGCUAAGCCUACCUGGCAGGGCUGUUGCUAGGAUUAAAUGAGGAACGGCAGGGGAAAACAUUGAGCUCCUUGGAGGAAAAGAAGGGAUGGAAAUGCAAUAAAUAAAACAAACAAAGGAAGGUUAAAAUGACAUGGCAGGAUAAGGGACCCGAAUUUAUCCGGCAAGGCUCUUCCUUUGCUUCUGGAAUCAGGA